AUGGUCGAAUCUAAUAUCCGAAACCCUUUCCGUCUGAAUCCGAUAAAAUUCGUGUGCAGCUACGGUGGCCGCAUAAUCCCCCGGUACCCCGACGCCAAGCUCCGGUAUCAAGGCGGCGAAACCCGCGUCCUCUCCGUCGACCGCUCCAUUUCAUUCUCCGAGCUGGUUGUGAAGCUGGCCGAGAUGUGUGGCGCCGCCGCGAAUCUGAGGUGCCAAUUGCCUACGGAGGACCUGGACGCGCUCGUGUCGAUCACCUCCGACGAGGAUCUGGCAAAUCUGAUCGAGGAGUACGACCGCGCUUCGGCGCCACCGAAGAUCAGGGCAUUCCUCUCCGUCCGGAAAUCGCCAUCGCCGCCGUCCUCCGCCUCCUCCUCUUCCUCCACCAGCAGCGGCUCGGAGUCGCCCAAAUCGCUGCUCCGCUCCGGCGGCGUCGCGCCGCUUGGAUGCGGCCGGUGCGUCUGCCACGCAUCGAGGCCACCGGUGCACCCUAACGCCGGCGGGAAGGCUGCCGGGAAAGUUCCCUGUUACCAAUUUCAGUUCCACCGGCAUGGCGGCCGCCCAGUUUAUGUGAUCCACAACGGCGGCCACUGGCAAUAG